UAGCUCGCUGACUCUGCUAUGUUUUGUCGUUUGUGCUAACCUUUAAAAAAAUGCUUCAUCCCUCGCUUUUAUCGGUGUAUUGUCGUCGAAGGGCGUCCUGCGGCUGUUCCAAACCCCGUUUUUAUCGACGCCGGGGGAGAAGUUUGACUGCGAAAACGCCCGCUGUAGGCCUGCACGUCACGUGACCAGCAUGCGGCGGAGCGUUUGAUAAAAAAAAAAUAAAAAAAGAUGGCGUGAGCGCGGCGGAGCGAAGAGGACAACAAACCCGCAGCUAGCGAGCGAGCGCCCCGCGGACCGCGAGCUAAAACGGCGGUUUAGCUGUCAAGAUGGAUCCUGGACAGGAUUUACUUCUCGCUGCCCUGAGUGAGAGUGGCAUUUGCCCAAAUGAUAUUGGUCUAUUUGAUUUUGAUUCUCAGGAUGUUGCACAGCCCUCUACAACACAGCAAUCUAUCUCCAUCAGUGCCCUGGAUGCUGGUGUGGGGGCAGAAUCAGUGGACCUUGUUCGAACUGAGCCGCCAGCUCCAGUCCCAGUAGUCACUAUCAGGCACAAACCUCAGCCAUCAACCACCACGUUUGUCUUAAAUCAGCUGAAUCAGUUGCCGUCACUAGGAGCUGCUGUGACCAAACAAUCAGUCACAAACAAUAUCAAACACACCAUAACUGUCACCAAGGUGGUCCAUGUUGCUAAGUCUGCCCUGCGAGGUUCUUCAACCCCUUCCUCCACCAGUAAUCCUCCAUCAGCAUCCACAGUAGUGCCUUCUAACAGAGAUCAGCAGAUUCAGUUGAAAGACCUCCUUAGAACCAGUAAUGUGAAGAGCACCGGUCUAAAGCCCAACAGCCUGAUGGAGCUCAUGAGGCUCAAGCCUCCACCUGACAUUGCAACACCAGUGGCAACUGCAGCAGCGACAGGGGAAGCGAACAAUGGAAUCAAGAAGGAGGUUUUGGGUAAAGACGCUGCCAGGAUCUGGAUUAAUGACAACAUUAAAAUGCAAAACUUCUCGCAUUCUCUGAAACUGCCGGGGAUGAAGGAGGAGGAGGAGCCUGAGGAGGAAGAGGAAGACGAGUUGGGUCACGCAGAGACUUAUGCAGAGUACAUGCCAAUGAAAUUAAAGAUUGGCCUGCGGCAUCCUGAUCCUGUGGUGGAGACCAGUUCCCUGUCCAGCGUUAACCCUCCAGAUGUGUGGUACAGAGUUUCCAUCCCAGAAGAGGUCAUUGAUCGUGGCUGCCUGUCUGCUCUGCAGCUUGAAGCCAUCACGUAUGCAGCUCAGCAACAUGAGACAUUCCUCCCUAACGGUGAUCGAGCUGCCUAUUUGAUUGGUGAUGGAGCUGGUGUGGGGAAAGGCCGGACCAUUGCAGGAAUCAUCUAUGAGAAUUACCUUUUAGGCAGGAAACGAUCACUUUGGUUCAGUGUCUCCAAUGACUUGAAGUAUGACGCUGAAAGGGAUUUAAGGGACAUCGGAGCCAAAAACAUCCAGGUUCACUCACUGAACAAGUUCAAAUAUGGCAAAAUCUCCUCAAAACACAACGGGAGUGUGAAGAAAGGUGUGAUAUUCGCCACCUACUCUUCCUUGAUAGGAGAGAGCCAGUCAGGAGGGAAGUACAAGACCAGAUUUCAGCAGCUUCUCCACUGGUGCGGGGAGGACUUUGACGGAGUCAUUGUCUAUGAUGAGUGUCACAAAGCCAAAAACGUGUGUCCGAUCGGAUCAUCCAAACCGACAAAAACUGGGCUCGCAGUGUUGGAACUGCAGAACAAACUCCCCAAGGCUCGUGUUGUAUAUGCAAGUGCUACAGGCGCCUCUGAACCGCGAAAUAUGGCCUAUAUGAAUCGACUGGGCAUCUGGGGGCACAAAACACCCUUCAGAGAGUUUGGCAACUUUAUCCAAGCUGUUGAGCGCAGAGGUGUUGGUGCCAUGGAGAUAGUAGCAAUGGACAUGAAACUAAGGGGGAUGUACAUUGCAAGGCAAUUGAGUUUCACAGGUGUGACGUUUAAGAUUGAGGAGGUUCCCCUGUCUCAGAAAUACAUCAACAUGUACAACAAAUCAGUCAGGCUGUGGGUGAGUGCACGUGAGAAGUUCCAGCAGGCUGCAAACCUGAUGGAUGCAGAGCAGCGCAUGAAGAAGUCCAUGUGGGGCCAAUUCUGGUCUGCACACCAGAGGUUCUUCAAAUACCUCUGCAUUGCCUCCAAAGUCCGCAGAGUGGUCCAGCUGGCCAGAGAGGAGGUCCAGAACGGAAAGUGUGUGGUGAUCGGUCUUCAGUCUACUGGUGAAGCAAGAACACUCGAGGCUUUGGAGGAAGGAGGAGGGGAGCUCAAUGACUUUGUGUCAACUGCAAAAGGUGUGCUGCAGUCCCUGAUUGAGAAGCACUUUCCAGCUCCUGACAGACAGAAGCUUUAUAGCCUGCUAGGUAUCGAUCUCUCUGCUAAGAAGACCCCCUCUCCCAUUGAAACUGCAGCACAGCCGGAACAGAAGGGCAAGAAAAGAAAAGGUUCAGAGAUCAAAAAGCAACAGAAGAAGAAGCCUCGCAAGCACGGUGGUUUGUCGGGUACCAGCUCGGAUGAGAGCCAGUCAGAGGAGUCGGACAAAGAGUCUGGUAAAGACAGCGACGACAGCUUCAAAUCUGCCAGCUCUGGGGAUGAAGACGACGAUUUCAACCCAUUCAGAGACGAGUCUGAUGACGAUGAGGAAGAUGAUCCGUGGCUCAUCAGAAAGGAACCAAAGAAAGGGAAAGAGAAGAAGAAGAAAAAGAGAAGGAGGAGUAUUGAUCCCGACUCCAUUCAAAGUGCCUUGUUAGCCUCUGGGCUGGGCUCCACCAGGCCUGCUUUCACUGCCCCUGUUAACUCCCCCAGCACACCUGCCACAGUCAAGGCAGAGAGUCAGGACACCUGCAUAACAAGUGAGGACGCAGUGGAACAUGCCCAGAAAAUGAAGAGAGAUCUGCUGGAAAAACUUGAGGAGCUAGCAGAGGAUCUACCUCCCAACACUCUGGACGAGCUAAUAGAUGAACUGGGAGGACCCGACAAUGUAGCUGAGAUGACUGGACGCAAAGGUCGUGUGGUCAGUAACGACGAUGGCAGCAUCACCUAUGAAUCUCGCUCUGAGCUCGACGUCCCGGUGGAAAUCCUCAAUCUUACGGAGAAGCAGAGGUUCAUGGAUGGAGAGAAGAACAUUGCCAUCAUCUCAGAAGCUGCCAGCUCAGGUAUAUCCCUGCAGGCCGACCGUCGAGUGAAGAACCAGCGGCGGAGAGUCCACAUGACACUAGAGCUGCCGUGGAGUGCAGAUAGAGCAAUACAGCAGUUCGGGAGAACUCACAGGUCAAACCAGGUCACAGCUCCAGAAUAUGUCUUCCUCAUAUCUGAGCUUGCAGGAGAGCAGAGAUUUGCAUCUAUUGUUGCCAAAAGACUAGAAAGCCUGGGUGCUCUCACUCAUGGAGACAGAAGAGCAACAGAAACUCGAGAUCUCAGCAGGUUUAAUUUUGACAACAAAUACGGCAGAAACGCCCUGGAGAUUGUGAUGAGGUCGAUCGUAAAGCUCGACUCUCCGUUAGUGUCUCCACCCUCUGACUUUAAAGGAGAUUUCUUCAAAGAAAUUCAAAGUGGAUUAAUAGGUGUCGGCCUCAUAAAUGUGGAGGACAGAUCUGGCGCAAUGUUGCUGGAUAAAGACUAUAACAACAUCGGGAAGUUCCUGAACCGCAUUUUGGGCAUGGAGGUCCAACAGCAAAAUGCCUUGUUCCAGUACUUUUCUGACACAUUGGGGGCAGUUAUUCAGGAAGCCAAGAAGAAUGGCAGAUAUGAUAUGGGCAUUCUUGAUCUGGGCUCAGGUGAUGAGAAGGUGAAAAAGGUCGACUGCAGGAAAUUCCUAACACCAGGCUAUACCACGUCAGGACAUGUGGAACUCUACACCGUGAGUGUGGAGAGGGGCAUGUCCUGGGAGGAAGCCACGCAUGCUUGGGCAGAACAGAACGGACCAGAUGAUGGUUUCUAUGUACAGGUGAGGAACAACAGGAAAACAGCCAUACUGGUCAGAGAGGUGAACACCAAGAAGAGGCUCUUCCUGGUGUACAGGCCAAACACCGGCAGACAGCUCAAACUGGAGACGUACACAGACAUCAAGAAGAAGUUUAAAAAGGUCUUGUCAGAAGACGCCAAGCAGCACUGGAUGGACCAGUACAUGUCGUCAGCAAAAAUCUGCUCUCAUGCGUAUUGGCGGGGGAACUGUAAGAAAGCGUCGGUGGGUCUACAGUGUGAAGUUGGUCUUCGGUGCAGGACGUACUACGUCCUGUGUGGCUCGGUGCUCAGUGUGUGGAACGAGGUGGAGGUAGUGCUCACUCCGGUCAGUGGAACCAAUGUGAAGGUGCAGAUUGUCCGGCUCAGAACAGAAGACGGACAGAGGAUAGUUGGACUGAUCAUUCCAGCGACCUGCGUGUCAGCAUUAAUUAACAAGCUGUCAACAUCGGACCAGUGCCAGCAGCUCGCCGUGCAGGAGCAGCAGAAACGGCAGCAGCUCCACCCUCAAAGUUUCAGUCACGCGCCCAACACAUAGUCUGGGGUGGACCGCUCACCUUCAAGGGCGUUAAUCUCACCUACUCCUCUCGAGUUCACGUUCCCGUCUAAAGGGAUCUGACUCACCAUCAGUCUGCACUGCACGCUCCAGGGCCGCUGUGAUGAUUCUCAGAUGUAAAGCAGUGGUUGUACAGAGAAAAGAUUUCAGGGUUUAUCUUUCUUUUUUUUUUUUUUUUCUUUUUCUUUUUUUAAUCUCCAGAGACUCGUGUUCACCUAGAGAGAUUUGAAGGGUGAAGUUUUGUAGUUUUGUCCUCUGACAUUCAGAGUGAAAAGAUAUGUGAUAUAUUGAUUAAGACGGAGUUGAAACCCAGAGGGCAUGUCGGCCUGUGGCUGUUGAGUUAUCCUCUCCUUACCACCAUGCUUUAAGAUGUUUAGGACUACCUGGUAUGAAGCAAAGACUUUUCUCGGUUCAGACCAAAGGUGGAUGAGACAAAGACCCCACUAUGUGUCUGAAAGUCUGAGAACUACCCUGAUUCAUUAAGAAAUGGGAAUGUAAUGCAAAACUACAAUCCCAUAUUCAUUCUCAGAUAUUAUUCAGCACUAAUAUAGAGACAGAAUCACUUCUUUGAAGUAGAAAACAGAUGCGGAACAUUAUUCCAGUUCACUACAGGAACGCUGAUCUGUGCUAAUUUUAUUUCUAGUCGUCCCAUUCGCUCAGCAGACAAAAAGCCCAAAAUGUCGUCAUUGUCUGAACCCACAGACCAGUUUGUUUUAUCUUUGUUUUGCACACAGAUCUCACAUUAAUCAAAGUUCCUUGAUUUUGUUUUAUUUCAAAUUUAACUUUCACAUUAAAGCAUAAAUUCACAAUUGUUAAAAAGUCCGUCUUAGAACAACAGUCAGGUGACCAUAUGAACGUUGGUUUUUCUUUCUUGUAAUCAUUCCUCCUGGUAAUACUGGUUAAGACUUCGCUUCUUAACACGCUUUCAAUAGAAGUGACUGGGGACAAAUUCCAGUCUCUUUUUCUUUUGUGUGUGCGCAAAAAUGUUUAUCUGAAGCUACUAUGAGCCUUCAGGAGUCCAAGUUAGUCAAAUCAAGUUAGUAGUUUUUGUACAAGAUUCCCUGAACUGUGUUUCCGUGUUUAGCUACACUGGAGGGACUGUAGCAAAAAUGCGGACUUGAACGUUUCCUUUAACAGCGAGGAAUUUGUCAAAUGUGCCUUUUUGUGUCAGUACAAAUAGCUACUGCACUCAGGCACCUUCACAAAGCACUAACAAGACUGUCGGGAGUUUGACUAGUGGAAGAUUUUGUUAUUUAUAUAGAGUGCACGAGAGUAAAAGUGUUUCCCAAAGAAUAUAUUUAAAGUUAUCAACAAACCACGCUCAGCAGUGUUAAUUACAAACACAUCUAAUUAGUUAAUGCUCCCUAUUUAGCAUUUAUAAGCAAUAUUAAGUUGUUACAUAGUUUAAAACACACCCUAAUGUAGUUAUGAGCAGACAUAAGGACAUUCUCAACAAUUAUAACUUCUUCUAUGAAGACAUGGUAUUUUACUAUAUUGUCAUUCAUCUGUUUAUACAGCAGCUUCACGGUACGAGCGCCAACAGGAGGAGCUAUAGUUCACAAAUAUAAUAUUAGACACUUAUAUCUGCUUACAAUUACUUUAUUAAAUGUUAUACUGCUUGUACAUGCUAAAUGGGGGCACUUAAAGUGUAAGUGGUGUUUUAGUUUAGUAGUUAAUUUUCCCAGUCGAUGAAAAUAUGUUGUGUUGCAGGUUAAAACCACCUCUGGUUGAGUAAAAUGAAACCUGUCAACAAUAGUAAAGAAAAGCAGAUGAGGAGCUCUGAGAAAUGUGAAAUGCAUGUCUGUCGCUUUUUGGUUUUCACACAGGUCUCAGUGCUGUCUUCAGCACAGCGCUCUGCUCAGUUCAAAAUGUUCAUGUCUUUUUAUUUUUUUUUUAUUCUUUUUUUUUUUUUAAGGUGUCCUGCUCAGGCGUUUAACUCGUAGAAAGACCCUCUUUGGAAAAACAAAACAAGGUAGAUCUGUAGUGUUUUUCAAAGUAUCUUGAAAUGCAUGGCCAUAACUCAAAUGUUCCUUCUGUACAUCUACUCAGCGAUCAUUCUCUGUGGCUGGCUGUUUAUUUACAGCUCACGUCUUCACAGUACACGUUUCAAACGCUUCUCUCUAAUUCCUCUGCUUUCUUGAGCCGAGUUGUAAUUAAAAUGGAUGAUUGCUUCUGUGGAAUAGUGUACCUCUUCUGUUGAGCAAAGCCUCCUCAGUCCUGUACUGCAUUAUACUCUAUCUGCACUGGAAAGGACAGACCAAAGUCUGCUCUAAUAUCUGAUUAUUAAAGAUGGGAUGUGUUCCACAGUGAGCUCGGACACAUCUUUAACCUGUGGAUUAGCUGCUGUUAUUAAAAUGUGUAUUCUCUUCUGUUCUGGAUUGAUGCAUUUUAAAAACAAGUGAAAGAAGAAGUCUUUGCAUCAUACCAAUGUACAUUUUGUACACUUGUAAAAGGAUAAAAAAAAACAGACUCUUCAUGCUGCACAUCUCAACUGUCGGACAGAACUGGGAGAGGCCUCGCUGAGAAAGUCUGCUCUCUGAUUCACAUCUUUUUAACUUGAAUGUGUGCACCAUUAUAUAAGCCAACAGCUCCACGUUUUUAUUUUGUCUUUUUGAGAUGUGCACACAGGCUGCUGACUUGGUAACGUUAUUUUUGAAUCCCGUAAAGUGUCAAGCGGAUCGGCUCCUCUGAAGUUAAAACACUUGAAGGACUUCAUUUCACCUUUUAUCAUCGCACGAGUUGCACUACUGAUAAGAGUUGUACAAAAAUUCAAUGUGACCUGUACAUGAAUGAGUGCAAUGCUCAAUAAAGCUUGGUAUACUUCUA